AUGACGUCCAAUCUCGAAGACUCGAAUAUUAGCUCGAUCGACAGCGCGAAGAGGCCUAAGCUUCAACGAGCGUGCGACCUAUGUCGCAAGAAGAAGAGCGAUGGCACGGAAAUGCCCAAUGGCCGCUGCUCCAAAUGCAUCUCUUACGGCGUAGACUGCACUUACGAAGCUGUUAAUAGACGACCCCCUACGAAGAGCUAUGUCGAGGUUCUUGAGAGCCGACUUCAGAAGAUGGAGGAGCUGGUCGAUAAGCUGCAGCCUCGAGGACAUACAUCCCCUCGAGAAGCAACCGCCACCCUUGGAGGCAUCUCGGCUCUUUCAUCCCCUGACAGUACUACGCAAAGCAGCCCAGCGGCUGCCGUCGCUCCCCCUGUCUUCAACGCCCCCUCUCCCGCCGAUUCGGACGACCUCGACCCCAGCGACGACGAGAUGGAGUCGUGGAACAAGCUUUUGCACAGCUUCCGCAAAUUCUCUCUGCGUCCCGUCACUCAGCGGUACCACGGCAAGUCUAGCAGCCUGAUGCUGCUACAGACCGCUGUCGACAUGAAAUAUGAGUAUACCGGCGCCGGACCCAACUCUUGGGUCCCAGAACCUAGUACCGACCCAUCUGCGAUGGCACCAAAUGGCCAGUGGUCUCUCCCUACUGCGGUAGAUGACGUGCCUCCCCACACGGAGUUCCCGCCCAUGGAUUUCAUGAAGGUCCUCGUUGACGCGUAUUUCGAAAAGCUCAAUCUCUACAUUCCGCUUCUUCACCGCCCAACGUUCGACAGACAGCUGAGGGAAGGCCUGCAUCUAGUGGACGAGGGGUUUGGCUCUGUCGUACUGCUCGUAUGCGCCAACGGCGCACGGAUGUCAGAGGACCCGCGCGUCGCUGAUUACGGCCCGCCUGGACUGCCUGGCUGGAAUUGGUUUUUGCAAGUGGAGAAGGCGCGGAAGUCUAUCUUUGCCCCGCCGCAGUUGACCGACUUGCAGAAAUGUGUCCUUAUGUCCUCGUAUCUCGGAAGCUACAGCUCGCCACACAACUGCUGGACGCUCAUCGGCAUUGGCAUACGUACCGCCCAGGACCUCGGCACGCACAGAAGAAAGACAUACGCUUCCAUGCCCAAAGCUCAGGGCGAGCUGUUCAGGCGGGCGUUUUGGUGCCUUCUUAUGCUCGACCGAAUGCUCAGUUUCAGCCUUGGACGCCCGUGCGCCCUGCAAGACGAAGAUUUCGACGUUGACCCCCUGAUCGAGUGCGAUGACGAGUACUGGGACACAGGCGACCCGGAGACGGACUUCAAACAACCCGCCGACAGACCAUCCAAACUAUCCUUCAUGAACGGCAUCAGCAGGCUCAUGCAGAUCAUGGCCUUCGCUCUGCGAACUCUUUACUCGAUAAACAAGUCGAAGAUGCUUCUAGGAUUUGUCGGCCACGAAUGGGAAGAGCGUAUCGUCGCGGAGCUCGACUCGCUUCUCAACAAAUGGAUUGACACCCUCCCGGAUCAUAUACGGUGGGAUCCACAUAGAGAGGACCUCGUCUUCCUCAAUCAGUCGUCCGUCCUGUACAUGAAGUACUACCAGCUGCAGAUCUUCGUCCACCGCCCGUUCCUCCCCACCUCGCGCAAGUCGUCCCGUCUGACGCUACCUUCGCUUGCGAUUUGCACCAACGCCGCACGGUCGUGUAUCCACGUGAGCGACGUGCAAUGUCGGCGGAAUGGCACUCCGCUUGCGUACAGCCGCAUGCCUCUGUUCACCGCAGGAAUAGUGCUCCUGAUCAAUAUGUGGGGCGGGAAGCGGGCGGGGCUCGCGAAUUGCUCUGCGGCGUCGGAUGUGCAGAAGUGCAUGGCCAUGCUGAAGAUGCUUGAGGCUCAGUCGCGUGCAGCGGGCAGGCUCUGGGACGUCCUCAAGAGCCUAUACGCCGCUGGCGAGUUCAAGGGACCAGAGGACCCCACGCCAAACCGCAAGAGGCCUCGCGAUAGCAAUCAGCCCGAAGAGGCGUCGUCUGCACAGCGCAGCUCGAGUGCAAGCGAGACAUCUUCCGAAUCGCAGCCCUCAGCAUCCAAACGGGCCUCCUACACCUCGAUCCACCAGCGCAACCCGUCGCAGGACGUGCCACCUCCAAGCGCGCCCUCCGCAGACAGUCCCUGGGGUGGAUCACAGGUGGGAUGGUCUGGGCUCAGCUCGGACACAAGCUCGAGCUCGCCCGCGUCUUUCGAACUUCCAGUGCGGACGGUGGAUCUCGAGCGGAUGCCAUUCGGCACCGGCUACAGCCCCUUCUUCGAUGCCCGGUUCGCGCGACCGCAGCAUACCGAGACUCCCGGGGCCUCUCAGUCUGUCUCGAACGGCAUGGCGGCGCCAGAUUUCGCGCAAUUCGCAAGCCCUGUAGACUUCCCCUUUGCGGUCGCGCAGCCGCCUCCUACGAACACCGUGCCACCUGUGAACCAAAACCAAUCGACGUCCGGGCUUGCGGCAUUCUUCCACCCCUUUGGGUCCAUACAGGUUGUUGAACCGUCCACCGUUGUGUCGCAAGACCCGGCCGCCUUCCAGUUCUCUCCGCUACAGCAACAGCCGCAGCCGCAGCCGAGCCAAUCUCACAUAUCCACAUUGUCGACGAUGGGCCCGCCUCCGGACAAGGAGCCUUCUAGUAGCUCCCAGGAUCUUCCGUCGUUUUCGGAAGACGACCUCGCGCUCGCGGACAACACACUCGACAUGUGGUCGUCUGCGCCCACCAAUCUAGACUGGGCGGACUGGGGCGUGUUUGUGAACAGCGUGAGCGGCGGCGGCGCGCCGCUCGAGUGGCCGGUCAGCGAGCCGGCGGUGCUCUAA